AAUAAAAGUAAUGAAAUUGUUUUGCACAACAUUAGAAGUUGAAGUUUUUUUAAAAAACUGAAAAACAGUGAUGAUGUUUUUCUUCUUUUAGUCUUAUCAAACUUGUUAGAACUUUUUACUAACUUGACCUAUCUGCAAUUUAUCAGACCUGUCCUAAGGUCACACAGCUUUCCCUGAAACAUCACAUCAAUCUUAUGUAUAACAUUAGCCUGGAGGUCAUAUAUACCUAGUAAAGUUCUGAAGUGUAUCACUAAUUCCAUUUGACCAGCUGACCUUUAGUUGUGGCAAACAUGUUACAUGUAACUUCCUUAAUAGGAAAGAGGAAUCAAAGGAUUCUUGCUACUGUACUUCGAAAUUCUGCCAAGAUGUUGUGCCCUGAAAUUCUGUCGGGCUACAAGCAUCUAACCUCCACAUUCACAGGCACAGCUGCAGCUUUCUUCUAUGGCACUUGUUCCGUCUCCAUGGCAUUUAUAAACAAAACAUUGAUGACCACGUUUGAUUUUGACUACCCUGUCUUCAUCAUGGUCAUGCAGAUGAUUUUCACAAUCUGCCUCUUGGAGCUGCUUAGCAUUUUACAUCUAAUACAUUUACCUAGAUACACACUACAACGGGGUAAGAUGUUUUUUCUUCCUGCUUUGUUUUAUGGUGUAAAUUCCAUUUUGGGACUUAAUGCACUUGGUCACAUGAACGUGGCAAUGUAUGGAGUGUUAAAACGAUGUGUACCCUUGGCAACUAUGUUCCUGUCCGUGCUGAUUCUUAAGAAGGGCUACCCCUCCAGGGUUACCAUUACAUCUGUGCUUCUCAUUACUGGAGGAUGUGUCAUAGCAAGUUACGGUGACCUGAAGUUUAACCUGUAUGCCUACACUUGUGGUGCUUUGAGUAACCUGACCCAUUCUCUUUACCUAUUGCUGGUUCAGAAGGUCACAGAAAAGGAUCUGACCACUGUGGAAACGCUUCAACUAAACAGCUUCAAUACUCUUCCCUUCCUUACAGCUUACAGUGUCUUCAGUGGUGAAAUUAACGAGGUGAUGCAGUAUAAGCAGGCCAAGAAUGUAGCAUUUAUUGUGCUGUUUUUCGCGACUAUAAGUAUAGGAUGUAUGUUAAACUACUCAUUGUUUUUAUGUACAAGUUUGACGUCGGCAUUAACAACAAGUGUAGUCGGUGGGGUGAAGGCCUUGAUGCAGACUGUAUUCGGAAUGUUUACAUUUGGCGGAAUUAGUCACAACUUGGCUACUUACUUAGGGAUCACAGUCAACAUGUCAGGGAGCAUCAUGUAUUUAUAUGGAAAGUACAAGGAAGGCAAACAACGAGCAACUAUGGGAGGAAUAUUACACAAGGUCAUUAGCGUUUCUACUGCCGAAGAUUUCAAAGAUCUUGCUAAUGGGAACGGAACCAUUAGAUAUACAAGGGAAGCAGAAAAUUCUGAACGUCUACACUCAAUAAAGGAAGAAAAUUCAGAUCAUGAGUCCUUCAGCGAAUCUUCAAUUAGUAAAUUUUCGCUUGAUUCGAGAAGUUGAUGGCUAAUAUAAAAUAGUUAAAUCAGAUUGAAAUCCGCAUUGAAAUCAGCAUUCUGUUAAUAAUUAGGGGGCUAUAGCCUCAAAGCAAUAUUUAGAAAUUUGCAUGGUGAUAUUUACAAUAAACACAUUCCAGAAUUUUCUCUACCAAUCAAUGUGAAUGUUCUAUAAUUUAAGAGCAUUAUUGUACUAUUUUUUUUUUAUUUACUUUAAUUUUUAUCAGUAACUUAUAAGAAAUAAUGGCUGUGCAUCAUUCUUUAUAUUCUUAUAUAGAGGAUAAAUGAUUUCCUGUUGAAUAAAGCAUAUUUUCACUCAA